AUGAGCUUGGUGUGGAAGCAGGACCAGCAGGACCAGCAGAAGCAGCAAAAUGAGCCACAGCCGCAGCCACAUCUUCACCCGUUAGAGCACAUCUCCAACUCUGCGUCUUCCACACAGACAAAUCUCCCGCAGAUAAACACAACAGCACCGCCAUCUCUUCCAAUACGGCGGAAAUCGUUCAAGCUCAAUGCAAAAUCGAGAUUUAGAUCUCCGUCCGAGCAGCAGCAGCAGCAGCCACACUCACCUAAACACUCAACAACCUCCUACGAGACAGACGAUUUCAGCAGCGAGGAGAGCUCUUUCCACUCUCUAUCUGACUCUUUAGCCUCAGAAUCCAGCGAUUACGACUAUGAUAUAAAUGUAAAGGAGGAGGAUGACGCUGAUAGUGUGCUCCCCUCUGUCCCACUCAAGCCAUUCAACAAUCAAGUCGGAGGCCAUCAUCCUAUCUUCCGUUUCUCGCGCAGAGCUGUGUGCAAGCCACUCGUGCGGCGUGAGAACCAGUUCUAUGAAUCUGUCGAGCGUGAUCACCCGCAGUUGUUGCAGUACAUUCCACAGUAUUUGGGCGUUCUCAAUGUCACUUUCGUCAAGCCAUCGCCCCCGUCUUCCCCGGAGGCAGUUGACAGGGUUGAUAAGCUCAACAAGCUGAGUAAUUUGGGUAGCCUGGGUAGUCUGGAUAACUUGGACAAACUUGGCAAGCUGGAAAUAGAUAGUGAUCGCGAUGACGACAAAAACCACGACAAUCGACCUGCUCUCAACCGCUCUCACAGCUCCGUACCUCUCAUCCAGCAGAGGAGGUUCAGCCGCUCUCUCCAGCUUCAACGCCACCGCACAACGUCUGAAGACGAGAUACCGCAGGUGAAAUUCGAGCGAAAUACGCACCUGAUCCCGAACUGGAUGCUUCGGCGUUCGGGAUUUAGAGCGAACAAAGCAAACGAAGAACUCGCAAUCAUGUCAGAGGACGAGGCCAGUCCGCAGACACAACAGCAUCGAUCGUCACUGCACCGCAAGGCAAGUCUUCCGACGCGUAGCAGUGCGAGUGCGCGACUGGACGGACACACGCGCAACCCAACUCAAAGCCGCAGUCCAUCGCCAUCGUCAAGUUUCACAGUCACACCUAUCGACACGCCCUCACACGCGGAAUCGCAAAAGCCGCGCAAACACUCGGUGCACACCUUACCCAAAUCACAGUCGGACACUUACACUUACCCCUUCUUCGGCGGACGUGGAGCGACAACGGUGAACCGCAGACUGCAGGAACAGGUGCUGCGCGAGGUCUUCUCGUCGCCGCGCGUACACAAGCGGAGGCGGCGAACGCGCAAGUGUCCACCUGAGCGAGGUGGUGAAGGGGAGGAAGAUGAUGAUGAGGAGGAUGAGGACAGUGACAGACUACCGCGUCGCGUUGGUUCCCAGCCCUCCAGCUAUAGAGAGGAGGCGCAUAUGAGGUCGCGCUCUCACUCACACGACCCCCACUUUCACUCCCAUUCUCACCCUCACUCGUCGCAUAGACAGCGCAGAGUCAGCGUCCCUGGCGAGAUGGAGCAGCAGCUUUUGCUUCGUUUGCGGAGCGAGUGCGCCGAGGAAUGCGCACUAAAAGCCAAAUCCUUUCUCACUAAUCGUGUAGAUAACGAUGAUGAUGAUAGUGAUGAGGGGGAGUACAAUUUGAAUAGCAACGAUAAUAAUAACGAUGAUAACGAUGAUGAUGAUGAUGAUAAUUGUUAUAAGGAUAAGGAAAUGGAUUACCACAAUGACAACUACAACGAUAAGGGUAGUUGUAGUGGAGGGUCAGAAAAUUCGCAUACUUCAAACACGUCUACGGAACACUCCCAUGAGGUGUCACGUUCACACUCACACUUACACUCAUACCCACACCCUCUUCCCCAAGCUGAUAUACCCUCUGGCCGCUCGAUCCGUAAGCGGCGGUCGCACUUUGUGGUGUCGGUUGGGGAGGAUGCACAAAGAGGGCGAGGUGAUGAAGGAGGGGAAGUGGAUAUGUUCUCAAUGGAGGGUUUGGAAGGGGGAAGCAAGAUGCAAGGACAAGCAAAAAGCUUGCAAAGCACACAAACAAGGCAAACACAAACUCGCCCACAAACACAUCACCGAUCGCGCUCGCGCUCACGCUCACGCUCACUGAAUGGUGGAGAGCGUGCAUUGGAGACGUCUAAUGUUUUCAGCGCCGGCAUGGGAGCGGGAGUGGGAGUUGGUGGGAUGAAUGUCAAUGUCAAUACUAGCGUUAAGGUGCCUUCGCCGCAGCAAUACCAGCAACACCAACAACUCCAACAACAGAAAAUGCGGCCGAGUCUGAACAUCACCAGCACACAGUCGUCGCCUAUCUACCACUCUGCGGAGAUACUGCCGAAAGCGAACGGGAGUGGAAGUGUAAAUACAGUUAAUACCGGUAGUAUUGGUAGUGGCAGCAACCGUAGUAACGAUGGGAGUGUUAAUACACUCGAACAUGCACACUCACCACACAGUCAAAGCCAAGUCAAAAGCAAAAGCAAUCAACAGAACCCAUUUUCCGAUCAGCAAAACCCACAGAACCCACACAACAAUAGCAGACUAGAACAAUUCCUCCUGAUGGAAGAUCUCACAGGUCGACUCAAGGCACCGUGCGUACUGGAUCUGAAAAUGGGCACGCGGCAGUACGGUGUGGAUGCGACGGAAGAGAAGAAGGCGUCACAGCGGAAGAAGGCGAAAAAGACUACAUCGCAUACACUUGGGCUGCGUCUAUGUGGCACACAAGUGUACAACGUGCGCAAGAACGAGUAUACAUUCCAAGACAAGUAUUAUGGUAGAGGAGUGCAAGUGGGCAAUUUCACAGAAGCGUUGACUGCGUUUCUGGAUAAUGGGGAAGUUGUGCUGGUGCAUCACAUACCGGAUAUAUUGCGAAAGCUUUAUCGACUUGGACGAAUCAUAUCGCAGCUAAACGGGUAUAGAUUUUAUGCUAGUUCGUUGCUGUUCCUCUAUGAUGGAGAUGCGGGGAUACAGCGCGGGCUGCAACAGUCAUUUGCUCGUCGUGAAAACAAAGCAGAAGAAGGGAAGAAGAGGAGGAAAGGAGAAGUGAACAUCAAGAUAAUAGACUUUGCUCAUUGUACGACGGGGAAAGACUUUUUGCCGCCGCUGGGACCCGGAGUGGGGAGUGAGUUGCCUGGGAUUAAAGAAGGAGGUUAUAAUGCCAAAGUGGAUGUCAGUACGGGAUUACCGUACGCACGAUACCCAGCCAAGCACGCAGAUGAACCAGACUACGGGUAUUUGAUUGGGUUGAAUAAUCUAACCAAGACAUUCAGAGAGAUAUGGAGAAGAGAGGGUGUGGGGGAGUUGAAGGUGACAGAUGAGGGGAUUUUUGAAAGGAUAUUUGGGGAUAAAGAGAAGGAUUACCAGAAGAAGUCAUCUUUUAUUGAAAAUUUGGACAUGAUUUUAUUAGCAUUAGAUGAGACUAUUGAUGGUGGUAUUAUACUCGAAACUGAUUCAACUGCGAUUGCAAACAGAGUUAGUAGACCAAAAGCUGAUACUCAAGAUAUUCAAUUAAAUGAGCAGACUUUGUUCCGUGCUUUCGACAUGGUUAAAGACCGCGUUUCUAAAAUUCAAUUGUAA